AUGGUUUUCUUUUUUACAAGCAAUGUUGUCGAUUCACCAUAUACAAUCUAUAUGGGUCGAGAUAAAUAUGAAAAUAAUGAAUUAUUGAAAUAUUGUUGGCCAGAAGAUUUAUGGUUUCAUGUUAGUAAAUUAUCAUCGGCUCAUGUUUAUUUAAGACGCCAGAAGGGUGAAGCUAUUGAUAAUAUACCUCCGCUUGUUCUAGAAGAUUGUUGUCAAUUAGUUAAAGCUAACAGUAUUGAAGGAUGUAAAUUAAAUAAAGUUGAUAUUGUUUAUACGCCUGUUGAUAAUCUUCGGCAAACAAAUGAUAUGGAUGUUGGGCAAGUAAAACAAUAUGUUGUAAGCAAAAAACAAAAUGAAGUUGUUAAUCGAUUAAAUAAAACGAAAAUUGAACUUUCAACAGAAGAAUUUAUUACUCAACGAGAACAACGUGAUAAUUUGGAACGAGAAGAAAAGAAACGUUUAAUGAGAGAACAAAAACAACGAGAUAAAGAAGAAGAAAAACGUCGACAAGAAACAGCUGAAUUGAGAAAUUAUACAUCACUUAUGCAUACAGAUAAGAUGCGAACAAAUAAAGUAUGUUUUACCGUUAAUGUUCAAAAGAAAAAUAUUUCAGGAGUACAAAUUCUUUUAACUUAG